UCUCAAGUUCCACACCGUAAUGAGCGCGCGCGGCCCACGCAAAGGAGAGAACUACGAAUUGAGCAUCGACUUGAACAGUGGAUGGCCGGACAAGCGAAAGGACGCUAUCAAGCGUGUUAUUGCAUCCAUGACUGUGGGAAAAGACGUCAGCGGUUUGUUCCCAGAUGUACUCAAGAACAUGCAAACGGAUGAUCUCGAGCAGAAGAAGCUGGUGUAUCUGUUUGUCCGAUCUCUGCUCGUCGUCCCUCAUCCUCAUCGUAAAGCAUCUAGGUAUCUCAUGAACUAUGCGAAGACGCAACCAGAACUGGUCAUUCUGGCGGUGAACACUUUCGUUAAGGACUCUGAGGACCCCAAUCCCCUUGUACGAGCACUGGCGAUACGGACGAUGGGCGUGUUACGGGCCCAAAAGAUCAUCGACUAUCUCUGUGAUCCUCUGCAACGAUGCCUACGCGACGAGAAUCCAUACGUGCGGAAGACAGCAGCACUCUGCGUCGCCAAGCUUUACGAUCUGAAGCCAGAACUGGUUCUGGAGAAUGGGUUCUUAGAUCAAUUGCAUGACAUGAUCUCGGACAGCAAUCCUACGGUGGUCGCAAAUACGGUCUCCGCACUCACUGACAUACACGAGGCCGCUUCCUUGAAUCCUUCUGGCCCCAACGAUCCGGGUAUCUGGACGCUGUCCUCUCAAGUUUUGAAUCGACUGCUCAUUGCUUUGCCUGAAUGUUCCGAAUGGGGGCGUAUCACCCUUCUAAACGCGUUGGCUCGCUAUGGUCCUCAGGAUGAAAAAGAGAGCGAACAUAUCUGCGAACGGGUCUUGCCUCAAUUUCAGCACGUCAAUGGCAGUGUGGUACUUGCCGCGGUCAAAGUUGUGAUGAUUCACAUUCGCGGUGUUUCCCGUGAGGAUCUGGUCAAACAAUUUCUUCGGAAAAUGGCCCCUCCUCUUGUCACAUUGUUGUCUUCGCCGCCGGAGGUCCAGUGGGUUGCGCUGAGAAACAUCAAUCUGCUCUUACAGAAACGACCUGAAAUCCUGGCAAACGAGAUGAGGGUGUUCUUUUGCAAAUACAAUGACCCGCUAUAUGUCAAGGUCGAGAAGUUGGAUAUCAUGGUCCGCCUGGCCUCGGACAACAACUUGGAUGCGUUACUCAGUGAGCUCAAGGAGUAUGCUUCUGAGGUUGAUGUAGAUUUCGUUCGCAAAAGCAUCAAGGCUAUUGGGCAAACCGCGGUUAAAAUCGAUGCCGCGGCAGAACGCUGCGUGAGCGUGUUACUGGAACUUAUCGGAACUCGGGUCAGCUACGUUGUGCAAGAGGCUGUUGUUGUCAUGAAGGAUAUCUUCCGGAAAUACCCUUCGACGUACGAGGGUGUCAUCCCAACACUUUGUGCCAAUCUCGAAGAAUUGGACGAGCCAGAAGCCAAGGCGUCGCUGAUUUGGAUAAUCGGAGAGUACGGUAAUAAAAUCGACAACGCGGCGGAUCUACUGGCGAUAUUCGUUGACUCGUUCAUGGAGGAAACCAAUGUCGUACAGCUACAAACGCUUACGGCCGUUGUCAAACUGUUCCUGAAGAAGCCCGAAUCAUCUCAGGGCAUCGUCCAAAAGAUCUUAGACACGGCAACCAAAGAAAGUGACUCUCCAGAUGUGCGAGACCGAGCGUACAUUUAUUGGAGACUGUUGUCUACAGACACAGCUGCAGCCAAGGCUGUAGUUUUAUCCCAGCGACCGCCGAUAUCUAUACCCCAGACGACAGUAGCACCUGCUCUGCUGGAACAGCUCUUGGGUGAAAUUUCAAGUCUUGCCAGUGUCUACCACAAACCAGAAGAGACGUUUGUUGGGCGUGGACGUGUUGGAGCAGAUUCUCUGCAGAAAGGCGAAGAGGAUGUCUUUUCUGCACGAAAAGCGCUGGAAACUGUUGCCCAAGGACAGCAAGCAGAGAAUCUCCUCAGCGAUUUCGGUGACGAUACCAUCACUAACGAGGCUCCCUCUGGGCUUGCCGCAACUCAGAUGUUGGCACAGCCAGCGGCUCAAGGCAUCGUCACUGGGCUCUCGGAGAACCCUCUUGAUGAUCUCGUCUCCAUUUUUGGUUCUGCGAACAUGGGAAUGGGAGGACCGGGCCCUAUGAGUGCAUUCGGUGGCAACGCGUUUGGGGGAAGUGUGUUUGGAUCUCCAGCAUCAGUGUCCGCUCCACCGGCUUCGUCGUCUGCUCUGGCGCCUCCAAUACCAGCACCUCAGCAAUCGCAGCCCCAGGAGGACUUGCUUGGCCUUUUCUAG